AUGGCAUCGACGGACAGGCAGACUGAUAGUGGUUUUGAUCACGUCUCAGAAACCGCGAGACCGUCAGAAAAAGAGGCAGAGGCCGCACAGACACCUAAGAAUGGAGUUUCUGCGACUGAGGCUGACAAUAACUCGGAUCAGGAGUCUCUUGACCAUGAGGCUCAGGCUGGUGUUAAGGCUGUCCAAGCUGCCGCAGCUGUAUGGACCAAAUCUCAAUUGGUAUUGGCAUAUGUGAUUAUCUGGUUCAUCUACUUUGUUACAUCGAUACAGGAAGUUGUCAUCCGCUCUCUCAACCCAUAUGUGACUAGUGCCUUCCGGCUGCAUUCCCUAACGGCUGCCACGAGCAUCAUGUCCAACAUCAUUGGAGGGUUGAGUAAAAUUCCCUUGGCAAAGAUUUUGGACUCGUGGGGCCGUCCUCAGGGCAUGGCUUUGAUGCUAUUCAUCUGGGUCGUUGGAUUCAUCAUGAUGGCAGCUUGCGAUGGGGUUCAGACGUAUGCUGCGGCACAAGUCUUCUCUUCUGUGGGCUCUCAGGGAGUAAGCUACUGUCUUACUGUUUUCAUUUCCGACACCUCUGCUUUGAAAAAUCGAGCCCUCAUGCUGUCGUUUGCUACUUCGCCUUACAUUAUCACCACCUGGAUCGGAGGUCCCAUCUCACAAAGCGUUCUCGAAGGACCCGGGUGGCGCUGGGGCUUUGGAAUCUUUACUAUUGUCGUGCCGAUCGUGGUCGCCCCGCUGUGCAUCCUGUUCUUCUUCAACCAACAAAAAGCAAAGAAACUGGGGCUGCUGAGCUCUACCAGUGGUCCCCUCACAAUGUCUGCCGUCAAGAAAUACUGUAUCGAGGUGGACCUGUUUGGGAUCAUCCUUCUUGCUGGUGGAAUGGCGCUGUUCCUUUUGCCUUUCAGUCUGUGGUCGUACCAAGAAGAUCAAUGGAGAUCUCCAAUGAUUAUCUGCAUGAUUGUGUUUGGGGGCCUCUUGCUCAUUGCAUUCGCACUAUAUGAGAAAUUCUUGGCACCUGUGACCUUCAUUCCAUUCCAUCUUCUCAUGGACCGCACGGUAUUCUUUGCCGGCCUGAUGUUUAUCUUCGAGUUCUUCAACUCCAUGGUCUGGGGCAGCUACUUCAGCUCUAUGCUGCAGGUUGUAUGGGGUCUUAAUGUCACGGAGGCUAGCUACGUCUCAGCGAUCUAUCGAGUUGGAUCUUGUCUGUGGUGUUUACUUGUUGGAUUCCUCAUCCGUUGGACCGGUCGCUUCAAAUGGCUUGUUGUAUACUUCGCCAUGCCACUCAUGAUUCUCGGCGUCGGACUGAUGAUCAAGUUCCGCCAGCCGGAUGUGAAUAUCGGAUAUAUCUGCAUGACACAGAUUUUCGUCGCUUUUGCCGGUGGAACCGUCGUCGUCUGCGGUGAGCUUGCUAUGAUGGCACCUUCAGACCACCAACACAUUGCUGUCAUCCUCGCCAUGCUCAAUCUGUUCUGUAGCAUUGGCAGCGCUAUUGGAUCUACUGUGUCUGCCGCAAUCUGGACCAGUGAGUUCCCGAAAGCACUGGCAAAAUAUGUACCUGCAGAUGUGAGCGUCGCCACAGUCUACUCUGAUAUCAAUGCUCAGCUCUCGUAUGCUUGGGGAAGCAUAGAGCGGAAUGCCAUCGCACAUGCAUAUGGUGAUGCCCAGCGUUACAUGCUUAUCACCAGUGUCUGCAUGCUUGCUGUUGCUUGGGCUUGUGCGGGAAUGUGGAGAGACAUCAGGAUCAAGGAUGUCAAGCAGGUGAAGGGCACUGUGAUCUAA